AUGGCUUCAUCACCAUCGCAAAAUGUUGUUAACUUUGAAGAAAUUGAAAGCCAAAAGGAAAACAUUCUUCCGCUGAAGGAAGGAAGAUCAGCAUCUGCACUCUCAAAAGUGAUACAUCAACCAUCGAUAGAAAUAAAUCAAUUUAGGUCACGCUUCGAGCAAAGACUAAUAGAUGAACUUCCAGCAUUAAGAGACCCAAUUACUUUGUACCUUGAAUACAUACAGUGGCUGAACAAUGCCUAUCCACAAGGCGGCAAUUCCAAGCAAUCUGGAAUGCUUACUCUUAUGGAGCGAUGCUUAUCUCACUUAAAGGAUUUGGAGAGAUACCACAAUGAUGUUAGAUUUCUGAAAAUAUGGUUUUGGUACAUAGAACUUUUUACCAAAAAUUCAUUCAUGGAAAGCAGAGACAUCUUUAUGUACAUGUUAAGAAAUGGAAUCGGUUCCAAGUUAGCAUUAUUUUAUGAAGAAUUUACAAAUCUUCUACUUCAGACAGAAAAAUUUCAAUAUGCUGUAAACAUUCUACAGCUAGGAAUUAAAAACAAUGCUAGGCCUAAUCACGUUUUAGAAGACCAGUUAUAUCAUUUGCUGAGAAAACUAGAGGAGAAGAAUAUUCAGCUAGAAAGUCAAGCGUUAAUGGAUUCCUUAGAGUCCACAGUACUUGGGAAAACUAGAUCAGAAUUUGUCAAUAGAUUAGAACUCGCAAAUCAAAAUGGUACACCAAGUGACAUCAACCUAACAAAAAAUAAUGUAUUUGUAGAUGAAGAGGAAUUUGAUGUAGAACCAUUUGAAACACCAAGGGAUAGCGUUUAUAGAGAUGGGUGGGAAAACUUUGAUUUCAAGGCAGAAAGGAACAAAGAAAACAAUCUCAGGGUAUCAGUGUUAGAAGCAAACACAAAUGUAGGUGAGCUUGAACAAUACGAGAUACCAUCGCAAAAGAAGAGACAACAUGAUGAAAAAUUACCCAUCUUCAGGGAUUCUAUAGGCAGAAGUGACCCUGUUUAUCAAAUGAUUAAUAGAGGGGACCAAAAACCUGAAAAGAUCGACUGCAAUUUCAAACUGAUUUAUUGUGAAGAUGAGGAAUCUAAAAAUGGUAGAAUAGAAUUCUCGCUAGAAGAAAUCCUGGCUAUUUCAAGAAACGUUUAUAAAAGAGUUAGAACGAACAAGAAACAUACAAGGGAAGCGAAAGAAGGGCAAGAAGAAGGUGAAGAUCAAGAAAAAGCUGAAGUACAAACGAAAAAACCUAAACUGAGUAGAAAAGCCCUAGUCUCCAAGACAUUAACCCCCUCAAAGGAAGGAAAAUCGUUUCCUGACGAAGAGUACAAAAACUGCCCUAUAACACCUAAGGGACGAGUCACUGAACCAUCGGAUAUUGUAUCAGUUGUUAAGCCACGCCGCCUGACUCCAAUUUUGGAAAUGAGAGAAUCAAAUUCUUUUUCUCAAAGCAAGAAUUCUGAGAUCAUUUCAGAUGAUGACAAAUCGAGUUCCUCUUUCAUAUCGUACCCACUACCACGUUGA